CACUCAUCGGAUAAAAAGUGAGCCCUAUCUGUACUUCUAAAGGCCUCGGAGCGACGGUAGCAUCGCACAAGGUGCCCCACACGACUCUCGUGCAUCUCUCUCUUACCAUCGACCAUUCAGAAGCGACAGGUUGAACGACAGAUACUUGCUACACCAUGUCAGACGCAUCGCUCCAGCCGAUCCUGCUCACCCUACCGUCUCUGACACCUUCCCUUGCGGUGGAGCUUCUACCUCGUGGGUUGGUUCUCCAUCGACUGUUUGUACAGACGGAUGGUCGUACACACGAUUUGGUUGUCGGCCCAGAGGAUCCCAAAGGGCACUUGGAACAGAAAUAUACGAACACGAUCAUCGGUCGUUACACCAACCGCAUUCCUGUUGGCACCUAUUCCGUUUCUCGCAAUGGACUGACCGCCCAAGUAUCUCCUCUGCCUAACUCCGAUGCCACUCCUACCGUCUCGCUCCACGGCGGACCUAACGGCUUCGAUCAAGCCGAAUUCGAACCGAUCCCACUCGACACUCUUGUUGGUGCUGCCUCAUUCAGUCCAGGAGGGGUCGCCGUUUCUUCUCCCCCCGGCACUCUCUUCACCGCUGCCGAACUGAAUACGUUCCAGUUGACACUACCCCAAGGCUCAUCCGCACUGUUCCGGACUAUCUCAAAAGACGGUGAUCAGGGAUACCCCGGCACGCUUCUGGUGGAAGUUGUCGUGGGCUUGUUACCUCCACAGGCACCUCCGACGAGCGCCGGAGAGUAUCACCUCGGUAGCAUCGUCUUCAUAUAUAGGGCAAAGUUAGUCGAUGAUGGAAACAAGGUCGUUACGCCGAUCAAUCUCACGCAGCAUUGGGGUUUCAACCUCGAUGCAUCCUUGAAGGAUAGUACGGAUUCUGGGUCAGUGAAAGGUCAUUCUUUGACAAUCAAGGCUUCGCACACUGUAGACGUAGAUGCUGCCGGCCUUUCUACUGGCAACCUUGUCUCUGUUUCCGAUACGCCGCACAAGCAUGAGAAGAAGCUCAUAGGUGAUAGGUUCCCUGAAGAAGGUUUUGGUGGUGGCUAUGACCACUUCUACGUCUUUCAACCUCGCGAACAGGGUCCUGCAUUCGCCCACCGCAUUCCUGUCAGCUCAUUUUCGCCCGAUGCGGAUUACGUCAAAGAUGUUCUUUUAGCCAAGCCCGACAACGGUGUUGUCGAGCUGGCCUCUGCGAAGAGCGGCAUCCGGCUCUCAUUCGAGACGAAUCAAUCUGGAGUACAAUUUUAUUCCAACAAUUUUGCAACAGGAGAUGGCGCAAAGAAGAAAAUUCACGGUGGAAGCGGGACCAAGGGGCCAGGACAAGGCUACAUUGCAGGCAGCGCAGCCUUCCUUGAGUUCCACGAGCCGAUCGCGUCCUUCCUUCACCCUUCAACGAACCCUAGCGGCAAUGAUACGCUUUUAGGCCCUGACGAAAUUUAUAACAAUUUUGUCAGGAUCGACGUACUUUAUAAGAGCCCUGAAUUGUGAGUUGCGCGAGACGAGUCAUUGGAGAUGAGUGUAUCAAUAUAAGAUGAGCUGUAAAGUUUCCACAUAUGUACUGGAUAAUGUGUUUCUCUAGCAUUGGAAUAUAUGACUAUCGUUGAUUGGU